CCCCUGGUGGGUCCUCGGAUGGGAAGCGUAUAUAUAUGUAGAUCUUUAGGUACUGCUUUCGUCACUUAUCUGCAAUCAUUAGGAGUGGAAGCUACAUCCGAACAGAACUAUAAGAUGAGGCUUUUACUUUUAUUGUUAGCCGUUUAUCUGCACAAAGCAUCAACAAUAACAUCAACAUCAUCACACACUGCAACAGCUAACACGGAUCAUACCACAACAACACAAACAACAAGACUUGUAACAAAGGAACCAAGUACAACAAGUUCAACCAUCUCUACAACACCAUCAACAACCACAAAAACAACAACAGCAUCACCACACUCUUCAACAGCUAACACGGUUCCUACCACAACAGCACAAUCAACAAAACUUGUAACAAAGCCAAGUACAGCCGAAUUGACAUCAUCAACAACCACAAAAACAACAACACCAGCAACAAUUGAAACCCCAACAGUGGCAGUAACAACAUCAUCAGAUUUAUCAACAAGUUCAUCUCACAGUUCCGUAUCCACGAGAGUAACCAGUAGUGCUGAAUCUUCAGGGUCAACAGACACAUCUAUAACCACGGCGAAGAGUAACGCUGUGUCAACAAGAUUUGGAUUAGCAGCAAUUUCCUUGCCAUGCAUUUUUCAUAUCUUGUUUUUGAAGCUGUCUUAGAGAUACGGAACAGCAACUAUGUUCAAUAUAACUAUUUACAAUGCGACAACGCUGUUUACUUAAACGAUGGUCACCACAAAUGAAGCUAUAUGUGAUGCUGAACAUGUGUAUGACUGCGUUUUAUACGUUGUACGAGUAUAUUGUAAAUCUGUAACAUUUUGUCUUAAAUUGAGAAAUAUCUUAUUUUUUGUUUUGAUUUCUUUUUAGCCAGAUAAAAGAUUAUUAUCUAGAGUUUCUAGAAUGUUCUAACUGAUGCCGAGUAUAGGUUAAAGUUUAUUAGUACGUAUUUACAAAAUAAAAUUGGUCAGGCGCCUCACAGCCGCGCGACGAAUCUUAUUAAUUUUGUAAAUACGUAGUAAUAAAUAUUAACCAGCUUAAUGUUUUAAUAUUUUUAUAAACAGUUGAUUAACUAGACUGAUUUACAGUUUGCCGAUUCACCAAAGUAAAUAUGUUAUGAUUCAUUUGAAAUACUGCAAUCCUACUGGACAAAAAAUAAUUUCAAACACUAAGCAAGUAAUGUAAAAGUAAAAUAAAAUAAAGAAGAAGGGGAGGUGGAGGUGAUGCGACGUGCGUGAAGUGACGUAACAUGAAGUGAAGUGAUGUGAAGUGAAGUGAAGUAAAAUAACAUGUGUAUAAGAAUUUACUAAUAGUAAAUUAUUUAACAUUACUCCCGGUUAUGAACCGUUAUCACUUUAAACAUAUAUACAUUGAAAAUAGUUCGUAUAUACAGUGGAGACUGUCUUCAGUGACCUUUCAUUUGAGAGAUUAAUAAAGGUCACUUGACACAGGGGGUCACUAGACACAAUCCCUUAUGUUUUGUCAAUAGAUAAGUUUCUUUUCAUGUAAUCAAUGAUUGUAUAAUAAGAAUAGAAGUUCAUUACAACUUGAUAAUGUAUUUGACCUAACAGAAUUAAAUUAAAACAAUAUAUAUGAAAACGUU